CAGAGGACCGAGGUGGAUUGCAAGGGCUCUGAAACCUCUUUGCUGUUUUGCCCGUAUAAUUACGUGUCCUCCGACUGCCAUCACGGGGCUGCUUCUGUCAUCUGCUCAGUCUCGUGACUAACAGGGCCUCCAAUGAAAGUGCCAGAUAGCCCCAGCUCGACUCCCACUUUGCCUCAACUUCAGAACUACAGGUGUUCCUCCCCACAUCUGUAUACUUGAAACAGAGAUAUGAUGAGACAUGGGACUGGAGUUUAGUAUGACAGGUUCAGCAGAGGCUCUCUCAGCCUUGCCUUCUAUGAGAGAUGCUCCACACCUUUAGUCAUCUGAAUAUCUCCUCUAGACUUGCUCUGGUAUGUCCACGUCUCUCAUGUACUGGGUAACCCAGAACUGGAACCAGAACCCCAGACCCAAGAUGUGCCUUGCUGCAAGAGGAAGGUUGGAGUAUACCAUCAGGAAUCACGAAUUAUGUCAGCUAUGUGGUUUGAUUGGUGUUUGUAUCAGAGCCAAAAUGGACAGAUAAGUAUAGCCUGGAUGAAGUGCAAUGAACAGAAUAUUAGACCAACAAAUAUCCUGUUUCUAGCUGUCCUGUAUUUCUUCUCAUCACAUGGGGAGAAACAGUAGAAGUGCAAUAUAGUGACUCCAGCUAACAAAUUAGCAGGACAGGCUGUUGUUCCCUAAGCAUUCUAAAAAUGCAUUAAGACUUCACACAGACCAAGUAAUCAAACCAGUUCAACACAACUUUUGUUUUUUCAUCAACCCAUAUUUCUUUCUCUUUUGAUAAACUUCAUGAUUCAAAGGAUUUUUUAUUGUCAAAUUCAGCUAAGGAGCAUAGUGGUAGAUUGAGGGAAGACAUUGCUAAACCAGAGCAAGCUCAACAGAGGUCCCUGGUUAGGCUUAGUUAAGGUAUUUAACAAAUAGCUGACAUUAAUUUAUUUUUGGUACCAGACUCAAUCACAUGUAUGAUGUGCUGUUUGUUGACAAGUAACAGAGAAGCAAGCGUGUAAUUUCAAGAGGAAACCAUCAGAAAUAUAAACAUUUAUGAGACCAGAAUUCUUUCUUGAAGGAUUCAUCAGAAAGCCUGGUAUGAAUUUGAUGCCUCACCUUGCAAUGCAUUACAGUCUGCUUAAUUAAGCCAUUAGCUACAAGCAGCAAAUAAAUAAAAUUGGUAUGGUAGGUGCAAAGAAACACAUGGGUUCACCAGUCUGGUUCCAAAGGUAAUGCUGGGCCUGCACACAAGUCAAAUAUAUAGUUAAGAUAAUUUGUAUUAGUGACGACAGCACAAAUUUUACAGGAAAUGGAAACUUUGUUCUUCAUAGGUUAUCUUUCUGUAAAGAUCAGGUAGUCAUAAAAAUAUUGGAUAAGAAAUCAGACAUAACUUGGACCAUGACUGUUAAACUACGUUUCAUAAUCACCUAUUGUUUGGACAGACUGGCCUUGGGAGCCUCACCCUUUCACAGGUGUAGAAGUAUAAAUUCUGAUGCUCUGCUUUAUUGGCACCUCUUGGCAAGAUGGGUACCAACAAGAUCUUGCUUUUCCUCCUAAGUACAGCACUUCUGGAUGCCACCACAGUUACAACUACCUCAAGAAGGUCUCUUACCUCAAAGAUAUCUACAGGGUGGGCUUUGACUCUUCCGUGGACAGCUUUUCCCACGUUUUCCUUGUCCCCUGCUUUCCCAGGUGUCUCUCUGAGCUUGGUGAAUGGCAGGAACCGUUGUGAGGGGCGCAUAGAGAUCUACCACUAUGGGAGCCGGGGCACGGUGUGUGACGACAGCUGGGACCUCAAUGAUGCCCAAGUCGUGUGCAGGCAGCUGGGAUGCGGCUAUGCUGUUUCUGCACUCGGAAAUGCCUAUUUUGGACAAGGCAGUGGCAGUAUUUACCUGGACGAUGUGCAGUGCACAGGGAGUGAGUCCUCCCUGUUUGAGUGCAGGAACUCUGGCUGGGGCUCCCACAACUGUGGGCACAGUGAAGACGCAGGUGUUGUCUGCUCAGCUGCAAUAAACACGACGAGCCCAAGUCCCACCACAACUCCAGCUUUUCCCACAUUUUCCUUGUCCCCUGCUUUCCCAGGUGUCUCUCUGAGCUUGGUGAAUGGCAGGAACCGUUGUGAGGGGCGCAUAGAGAUCAACCACUAUGGGAGCCGGGGCACGGUGUGUGACGACGGCUGGGACCUCAAUGAUGCCCAAGUCGUGUGCAGGCAGCUGGGAUGCGGCUAUGCUGUUUCUGCAUUCGGAAGUGCUUAUUUUGGACAAGGCAGUGGCAGUAUUUACCUGGACGAUGUGCAGUGCACAGGGAGUGAGUCCUCCCUGUUUGAGUGCAGAAGCUCUGGCUGGGGCUCCCACAACUGUGGGCACAGUGAAGACGCAGGUGUUGUCUGCUCAGCUGCAAUAACCACGACGAGCCCAAGUCCCACCACAACUCCAGCUUUUCCCAUGUUUUCCUUGUCCCCUGCUUUCCCAGGUGUCUCUCUGAGCUUGGUGAAUGGCAGGAACCGUUGUGAGGGGCGCAUAGAGAUCUACCGCAAUGGGAGCCGGGGCACGGUGUGUGACGACAGCUGGGACCUCAAUGAUGCCCAAGUCGUGUGCAGGCAGCUGGGAUGCGGCUAUGCUGUUUCUGCACUCGGAAAUGCCUAUUUUGGACAAGGCAGUGGCAGUAUUUACCUGGACGAUGUGCAGUGCACAGGGAGUGAGUCCUCCCUGUUUGAGUGCAGGAACUCUGGCUGGGGCGUCCACAACUGUGGGCACAGUGAAGACGCAGGUGUUGUCUGCUCAGCUGCAAUAAACACGACGAGCCCAAGUCCCACCACAACUCCAGGUCGGACGUACAGAACCACAGUUGGCUUCCAACCAACCGUUCCUCCAGGUGUCUCUCUGAGCUUGGUGAAUGGCAGGAACCGUUGUGAGGGGCGCAUAGAGAUCUACCACUAUGGGAGCCGGGGCACGGUGUGUGACGACAGCUGGGACCUCAAUGAUGCCCAAGUCGUGUGCAGGCAGCUGGGAUGCGGCUAUGCUGUUUCUGCACUCGGAAAUGCCUAUUUUGGACAAGGCAGUGGCAGUAUUUACCUGGACGAUGUGCAGUGCACAGGGAGUGAGUCCUCCCUGUUUGAGUGCAGGAACUCUGGCUGGGGCUCCCACAACUGUGGGCACAGUGAAGACGCAGGUGUUGUCUGCUCAGCUGCAAUAACCACGACGAGCCCAAGUCCCACCACAACUCCAGCUUUUCCCAUGUUUUCCUUGUCCCCUGCUUUCCCAGGUGUCUCUCUGAGCUUGGUGAAUGGCAGGAACCGUUGUGAGGGGCGCAUAGAGAUCAACCACUAUGGGAGCCGGGGCACGGUGUGUGACGACGGCUGGGACCUCAAUGAUGCCCAAGUCGUGUGCAGGCAGCUGGGAUGCGGCUAUGCUGUUUCUGCAUUCGGAAGUGCUUAUUUUGGACAAGGCAGUGGCAGUAUUUACCUGGACGAUGUGCAGUGCACAGGGAGUGAGUCCUCCCUGUUUGAGUGCAGAAGCUCUGGCUGGGGCUCCCACAACUGUGGGCACAGUGAAGACGCAGGUGUUGUCUGCUCAGGUAGUGUCUCUCUGAGCUUGGUGAAUGGCAGGAACCGUUGUGAGGGGCGCAUAGAGAUCUACCGCAAUGGGAGCCGGGGCACGGUGUGUGACGACAGCUGGGACCUCAAUGAUGCCCAAGUCGUGUGCAGGCAGCUGGGAUGCGGCUAUGCUGUUUCUGCACUCGGAAAUGCCUAUUUUGGACAAGGCAGUGGCAGUAUUUACCUGGACGAUGUGCAGUGCACAGGGAGUGAGUCCUCCCUGUUUGAGUGCAGGAACUCUGGCUGGGGCGUCCACAACUGUGGGCACAGUGAAGACGCAGGUGUUGUCUGCUCAGGUAGUGUUGGUUUUCCUCCAUCAAUCAUAGCACGUGCCUGUGUGCCAGCAGCUUUUCCCACGUUUUCCUUGUCCCCUGCUUUCCCAGGUGUCUCUCUGAGCUUGGUGAAUGGCAGGAACCGUUGUGAGGGGCGCAUAGAGAUCUACCACUAUGGGAGCCGGGGCACGGUGUGUGACGACAGCUGGGACCUCAAUGAUGCCCAAGUUGUGUGCAGGCAGCUGGAAUGCGGCUAUGCUGUUUCUGCACUCGGAAAUGCCUAUUUUGGACAAGGCAGUGGCAGUAUUUACCUGGACGACGUGCAGUGCACAGGGAAUGAGUCCUCCCUGUUUGAGUGCAGGAACUCUGGCUGGGGCUCCCACAACUGUGGGCACCAUGAAGACGCAGGUGUUGUCUGCUCAGGUGUCUCUCUGAGCUUGGUGAAUGGCAGGAACCGUUGUGAGGGGCGCAUAGAGAUCUACCACUAUGGGAGCCGGGGCACGGUGUGUGACGACAGCUGGGACCUCAAUGAUGCCCAAGUUGUGUGCAGGCAGCUGGAAUGCGGCUAUGCUGUUUCUGCACUCGGAAAUGCCUAUUUUGGACAAGGCAGUGGCAGUAUUUACCUGGACGACGUGCAGUGCACAGGGAAUGAGUCCUCCCUGUUUGAGUGCAGGAACUCUGGCUGGGGCUCCCACAACUGUGGGCACCAUGAAGACGCAGGUGUUGUCUGCUCAGCUGCAAUAACCACGACGAGCCCAAGUCCCACCACAACUCCAGGUGCCUGUGUGCCAGCAGCUUUUCCCAUGUUUUCCUUGUCCCCUGCUUUCCCAGGUGUCUCUCUGAGCUUGGUGAAUGGCGGGAACCGGUGUGAGGGGCGCAUAGAGAUCUACCACUAUGGGAGCCGGGGCACGGUGUGUGACGACAGCUGGGACCUCAAUGAUGCCCAAGUUGUGUGCAGGCAGCUGGAAUGCGGCUAUGCUGUUUCUGCACUCGGAAAUGCCUAUUUUGGACAAGGCAGUGGCAGUAUUUACCUGGACGAUGUGCAGUGCACAGGGAAUGAGUCCUCCCUGUUUGAGUGCAGGAACUCUGGUUGGGGCUCCCACAACUGUGGGCACCAUGAAGACGCAGGUGUUGUCUGCUCAGGAGCUAUAAAUUCCACGACGAGCCCAUAUCCCACCACAACUCCAGCUAGAAAAUAUUUUUGUGGUGGCUUAUUGUCAAGAUCCUCCGGAACAAUUCAGAGUCCUUUUUAUCCUUCAAAUUAUCCAGAUAAUGCAAAUUGUUUGUGGGAAAUACAAGUGAUGAAUAAUUUCCGCAUUAUGCUCACAUUUAGAAGCAUUCAGUUGCAAGGUGGAUGCCAGAAUGACUAUAUUGAGAUCUAUGAUGGGCCACCCAAUACUUCUCCUCUGCUUCGAAGAAUUUGUUCUGGGUAUAACGUUGCCUACACAUCAUCCUCAAACCUAAUGACCAUCAGAUUUCACAGCGACUCCAGAUAUUCAAGUAGCGGGUUUUAUGCUGAAUAUCACUCCUUUCCAGCAGAUCAGAAUACCACCCUUGUGUGCUUGCCAACAUACAUGCAUGCAGUUAUAGAGAGAAGCUAUCUCCAGUCACAGGGCUACUCAGCGUGGAGCACCAGCUUGUCUGAUUCUUCUUGUAGACCAACAGUUACAUCUACUCAGGUUAUAUUCAACAUUCCAUACAACAGCUGUGGUACACGUAGACAGGGCGACAAUGAAACGAUCACCUAUUCCAAUGUGAUAAAAGCGUCUGUUUCUGGUUCCAUCAUCAAGAGGCAAAAGGACCUUCAGUUGCACAUUAACUGCAAAAUGCUCCAGAACACCUGGGUGCAAGUAAUGUACAUUGCUGAUGACGUUGUUAAUGUCACUGAAACCCAAUACAGUAGAUACAAUGUGAACCUGACAUUCUACAAUUCCUCAUCGUUCCUGUGGCCAGUGCAUGACUUUCCUUACUAUGUUGACCUGAAUCAGAAUUUGUUCCUUCAAGCUUCUCUUUACAGCUCUGACACAAAUCUGGUGUUGUUCGUGGAUACAUGCGUGGCAUCACCUGAUCCUAAUAAUUUUACAACACUGAAAUAUGAAUUAAUCAGAAGUGGGUGUGUCAAAGAUCCUACCUACUCUUCUUACUAUUCACCAUACAGAAGUGUCAGUCGUUUUACCUUUAAUGCAUUUUCAUUUGUUGGACGAUACCCGUCAGUCUUCCUGCAGUGUGAGCUGGUGGUGUGCAGGCAAAAUGACUAUUCUUCCCGCUGCUAUCAGGGCUGUGUUAACAGGUUCAAGAGGAAUGCAGGAUCUUCGCAGGAAAAAAUGAGUGUUAUUGUUGGACCUAUUCAGCUUCAGGAGGCUCCCACUGAGAACAGAAAUGCUGGUAUUGGAACUGGUCUCCGACUGGUGAAUGGAAGGCACAGAUGCGAAGGUCGUGUUGAGCUUUAUUAUGAAGAACAGUGGGGGACUGUGUGUGAUGAUCUCUGGGACCUUUCCGAUGCCCAGGUUGUGUGCAGGCAGCUGGGAUGUGGCCGGGCCAUCUCAGCUCCAGGCAGUGCUUAUUUUGGCCAAGGCUCAGGCAGCAUCCUGCUGGACGAUCUGCGGUGCCAGGGAAAUGAGCCUGCCCUGUGGCAUUGUAAUCACAGCGGAUGGAGGAGACACAACUGCAACCACCACGAAGAUGCUGGUGUUGUCUGUUCAGGUGCCCACCUGCGUCUGGCUGACGGCCGGCACGGCUGCGAGGGCCGCGUGGAGGUGUGGGACGGGCGCAGCUGGGGGACGGUGUGCGACGACUUCUGGGACCUGGGUGAGGCGCAGGUGGUGUGUCGCCAGCUGGGCUGCGGCCCCGCCACGGCCGCCCCGGGCAGCGCUCGCUUCGGCACCGGCAGCGGCCACAUCCUCCUGGACAAUGUGUGGUGCCAUGGGAACGAGGCCUCCCUGCUGCUCUGCGGGCACAAUGGCUGGGGCGUGCACAACUGCGUCCACAGCGAGGAUGCCGGUGUCAUCUGUGAAGUAAAUUCUCUUCCACUUCUUUCUGCAGCACUUUGUUUUUGUGGUGGCUUACUUUCAAAUUCCUCUGGGAUGCUGCAGAGUCCGUACUACCCUGGAAAUUAUCCAAACAACGCUGACUGUGUGUGGGAAAUACAAGUAGAGAAUAAUUUCCGUGUUAUGCUCACAUUUAGAGAUAUUGCGUAAAACAGCAGAUGCCAGUAUGACUACAUUGAAGUCUAUGAUGGGCCUCCACACUCUUCUCCACUUCUUGGGAGAAUUUGUGCUGGUUCCUUCCUCACAUACACGUCGUCUUCAAACCUAAUGAGCAUUCACUUUCACAGCGAUUCUAGAUACACACUUAGAGGGUUCCAGGCCCACUACUCCUCCAUCCCAACAGAUCACAACAUUGCCCUUACGUGCUUGCCAGACUACAUGCAUGCGGUGGUUAGCAGGGACUAUCUCCAGUCACAAGGCUACUCUGCAGAGACGGUCACCCUGAACGACACUCGCUGUGAGCCAACAUUCACGCUGCACGAGGUGGUGUUCAACGUUCCCUACAACAGCUGUGGGACGAUACAAGAGGAAAGCAAUGAUACAAUCAACUAUUCCAACAUGAUCAAAGUUACCUCUUCUGAGUAUAUAAUCAAGAGGAAAAAGGAUCUUCACUUACACCUCAGUUGCAAGAUGUUACAAAACACGUGGAUACAAAUCAUGUAUGUUGCUGAGGAUAUUGCAGACAUGAAUGAAAAUCAGUUUGGAAGAUACUCUGUGAACAUCACAUUUUAUGAUUCCUCAUCAUUCCUGCGGCCAGUGCAUGACUCUCCAUACUACAUUGACCUGAACCAAAAUUUGUACCUUCAAGCUUAUCUUCACAGCUCUGACCCAAAUCUGAUGCUGUUUGUGGACACAUGUGUGGCAUCACCUGAUCCUCAUGAUUUUAACGCUCUAUCCUAUGAUAUAAUCAAGAAUGGAUGUGUAAGAGAUUCUUCCUAUGCCACAUACUACACUCCCAACAGCCACUUUGCUCGGUUCAAAUUUAAUGCUUUUGAGUUCAUUAACCACCACUCAUUAGUCUACCUGCGGUGCCAGCUGGUGGUGUGCAGGCUCGGGGACUACUCCUCCCGCUGCUACCAGGGCUGCAUGAGUAGGUUCAAGAGAGAUGCAAGCUCUGCCCAGGAAAAAGUGGAUGUUGUUGUCGGACCUCUGAAACUUCGAGAAGAGGGUGCUCAGAGCAGGAAUACCGAAUUCUCCCUGAGGCUGGUGAAUGGGCAGAACAGAUGUCAGGGCCGCGUUGAAGUAUUUUACAACGGAGUCUGGGGAACGAUUUGCGACGACUCCUGGGACAGAAGAGAUGCUGACGUGGUGUGCGGUCAGCUCGGGUGUGGCAGAGCCACUGUGGCCGUGGGAGAAGCCCAUUUUGGUGAAGGCACAGGAGAAAUCCUCCUGGAUGAAAUGCAGUGCCAAGGGAAUGAAGCUCUUCUCUGGCAGUGCUCCCACAACGGGUGGUUCGUCAAUGACUGUUUUCACCAGGAAGAUGCCGGUGUCAUCUGCGCAGCCUGGUGAUGUGGGAGCAUCCCUCAUCAAUAACUCUCUCAUUUUUGGCCUUCCAAAGAUUUGUCUCUGAGGCUCGUGAAUGGGAGGAACCGAUGUGAGGGCCGUGUUGAGGUCCGUUACCAGGGCAGCUGGGGCACCGUCUGUGAUGACUCCUGGGACCUGAAGGAUGCUCAGGUCGUCUGCAGCCAGCUGGCGUGUGGCAGGGCUCUUUCCGCCCCCGGUAACGCCAAUUUCAGUCAAGGCUCAGGACAGAUCCUUCUUGACGACGUGCAGUGCAAAGGGAACGAGGCUUACCUCUGGGAGUGCCCCAGCAGAGGGUGGUCGGUCCACAACUGCGUGCAUGUGGAAGAUGCCAGCGCCGUUUGCUCAGGUGCGUUGUAUGUAGCAGCUUUACCUCGCUGGGCAGACCCCAAGGUGAAUGUAGGCAUAAAAAAAACCCCACUAUUUCAAAAACCUCUGUCAGUGAGGUUGGUGAAUGGAUGGAACCAGUGUGAAGGGCGUGUUGAAAUACUUUACAGAGGAACCUGGGGGACCAUUUGUGAGGAUUCCUGGGAUAUAAAUGAUGCAGACGUUGUCUGUAACCAGCAGGCUUGUGGACAUGCUGUAUCAUCUUCAGGAAAUGUCACCUUUACUCGCGGCCCGAGAUAUAUUGUCAUGGAUGAUGUGCAGUGCAGAGGGCAUGAGAACUACCUGUGGCAGUGUUCUCACAGGGGGUGGUAUAGAAAGAAGUGUGACAGCCGGCGCGAUGCCAGCGUCAUUUGCUCAGGUACACACUCCAGAGCUACUCCGGGAUUAUAACUUAUCACCUUGGCAGUCUGCAUUCUUAUCUCCUCUCUCUUCUCUUUCACAGAAGUGUCCAUGAGGCUGAUAAAUGGUAGAAACAGAUGUGAAGGUCGUGUGGAAGUCUACUACAAAGGAAGCUGGGGGACGGUCUGUGAUGACUUCUGGGACCUAAAUGAUGCACAGGUCGUGUGCAGGCAGCUGGGAUGUGGAGAAGCUCUCUCCGCACUGGGAAAAGCCCACUUCACUCCAGGAUCGGGGGACAUUCUCCUGGAUGACGUGCAGUGUCUUGGAAGUGAAUCUUACCUGUGGGAAUGCUCUCAUAGAGGAUGGUCAACACAUAACUGCGGGCACAAAGAAGAUGCCGGUGUGCGUUGCUCAGCUUCUGCUCUGUCUUUGCUAGAAGCAUCUCUGCGGCUGGAGGAUGGUGGCAAUCGAUGUGAGGGGCGUGUUGAAAUUUUUUACAAAGGACAAUGGGGAACAGUCUGCGACGAUUUCUGGGAUAUCGAUGAUGCUCAGGUCAUUUGCAGACAGCUUGGGUGUGGGGAGCCCAUGUCUGCACCAGGAGCUGCCCAGUUUGGGGAAGGCUCUGGAGUCAUUUUCCUGGAUGAUGUACAGUGCAGAGGCAAUGAAUAUUACCUAUGGGAAUGCUCCCACAACGGUUGGUCAAGACAUAACUGUGGCCACAAUGAAGAUGCCAGCGUUGUCUGCUCAGAUCCGCCACAAUUGCGACUGGCGUCUGGUGGGGACCGAUGUGCCGGAAGGGUUGAAGUUUACCAUAAAGGCGAAUGGGGGACAGUCUGUGAUGAUUUCUUCGAUAUGAACAGUGCCAAUGUUGUAUGCAGACAACUUGGUUGUGGCCAAGCUGUUUCUGUCUACAGAUGGUCUUACUUUGGCCCUGGUGAAGGAAACAUCCUCCUGGAUGAUGUGCAGUGUACAGGAACUGAGUCUUACCUUUGGGACUGUCCGCAUGCUGGCUGGAACAAAAAUGACUGUGGGCACAAUGAGGAUGUCAGUGUCAUCUGUUCAGAUGCAGUACCCUCCACAACUGCACCACCAGCUUCCUCCUCUGCACCCAGCCCAGACGCAACAGCGACAGAGACACUGUCUGCUACAGUGACCUUGACAACCCUCGAGGAAGAUCCAUCUUCUGCACCUGCUGUUCUUGCAGAGGGAAAUACCACAUUGGCCCCUGAAAUCCCAACCACAGUUUCUGAAGGUUCCUCCUUUGCUUCCACUGCCAUUGCAGAAGAAAACAGGACAUCAGAAACCCUGACCACGCCAAAGGAAGCCUCCGAAAACACAACAGAAGCAUCAACGGCACCAACCCCACCUACAGUAGGCAGUGAUACCUCAGUUCCAGAAAUCCCUUCCACAGCUCCUGAAGCUUCCUCCUCUGCACCCAGCCCAGACGCAACAGGGACGGAGACACUGUCUGCUACGGUGACCUUGACAACCCUCGAGGAAGAUCCAUCUUCUGCACCUGCUGUUCUUGCAGAGGGAAAUACCACAUUGGCCCCUGAAAUCCCAACCACAGUUUCUGAAGCUUCAAUUGAUGAUUCUACCACAGAAUUGGAUGACUUGAUCACAUCUGCCCCAGUCACAGAGACUAGUGAGCCAGCCACAACUCCAGCAUUACACUGUACAACAAAUGAAGCAGAUGCUUCAGCUCAGUCCCUGCGACUCGCAGACGGCGACAGCAGGUGCUCGGGCCGCGUUGAGCUCUAUUACAACGGCAGCUGGGGCACGGUGUGCGACGACGGCUGGGACCUGGGGGAUGCCGAGGUCGUGUGCCAGCAGCUGGGCUGUGGAGAAGCUCUGCUGGCCGUAGCCGAGGCCCAGUUCGGGCAGGGCUCUGGGAACAUCCUCCUCGAUGAAGUGCAGUGCAGAGGGGGCGAAGGCAGCCUGUGGGAGUGCUCUCACAGGGGGAUAGCUGUACACAACUGUCAGCCGAAAGAAGAUGCUGGCGUCAUUUGCGCAGAGCCAGUUACUACCACAGUCCCAACAGAGCCCGUCCCAGCUGUCCCUGUGGAGCUUACCACACACGGAACAACAGCCCCAACUGAGACCACUGUGGCUGAAACACCAGUCCUGACCAAGUCCCCAGCAGCAGAAACACCAGCUCCUCCACAAUCAAGGCCAGCACCUAUAAGCCAAGUAACCCUUACCUGUCUGCCUAAUUACAUGCGGGCAAUCAUCAGGAGAUCCUACCUGAGCUCCCGAGGGUACCUUUCAGGGAGCGUCCACCUGCGAGACCCCAGGUGCAGGCCUGUGAUCACCAACUUCCACGUCACCUUCCGUAUACCGUACAACGGCUGUGGCACAAGGAGGCUGAUAACACGUGGAGCCAUCACUUAUUCCAACACAGUGGAAGGAUCCAUGUCUGGCAACCUCUACAGCAGAAAUAGGAACUCACUGCUGAACCUCGCCUGCAGAAUAUACGGCAAUCCUGGUUUCGAAACUGUACCCAGCAUUAUAGAGCCUCCGUACCAGCAAACUCCAUCUGGGCGAUUUGUUGUCAAGUUUGCCUUUUAUGAUUCACCAUCUUUUUCCAAUGUAGUGAGGGCUCCACCGUACUACAUUCUGCCAAACCGGGAUUUGUUCGUUCGUGCUACCCUCUACAGCGCAGAGCCAAAUCUGAUGCUGUUCACAGACACGUGUGUGGUCUCUCCAAAUCCUUAUGACUUUACAACUGUGGCAUCUGAUAUAAUAAGAAGGGGGUGUGUGAGAGACCCAACUUUUAGGAGCUACUAUUCACCAGACAGGAGGAUUGUCCAGUUCAAAUUCAGAGCCCCCAGCUUUAUCGGCAGAUACACAUCCGUUUACCUACAGUGCAAAAUGGCAGUGUGCAACAGAUACAAUUAUUCCUCUCGAUGCUACCAGGGCUGCAUAAGGAGAGACAAAAGAAGCACAAGCGACAGUGAUGAAGAUGUCAUUGUUGUGGUCUCCAGAUUACAGGGGUGUAAAUCUAAAGGAGGGCCAGCCUUGCAAGCUCUUUGUUGGUGCUCUUCUUCCACAGGUGCGCCUCGCUGCGGUACCUCGCUCACCGACCUCAACAAAUCUUUAAAGAUUGACCUAAAUUCGAAUGCAAACUGUGUCUGGCAAAUUCAGAGAAAUGAAAAUCAAACGAUUAGGCUCAUCUUCUCCUAUUUUAAAUUUGCUCCUUCUUCAAGCUGUGAAACAGAAAGUAUUAAUGUAUAUGAUGGUCCUUCCUCUAAUUCACCUCUUCUUGGACAAGUAUGUAACGACACUGAUGCAGUCCCAAUGUUUGAAUCAUCUUCAAACAGUUUAACUUUUCUCAUAAAAACAAACUCUGUGGCUUUCGCACGAAACUUCUUUGUCUUCUAUUACUUCUUUUCACCGGAAACAACACGUUGUGGGGGAAGCUUAACAGGUCCCAACGGGACACUUAUCAGUCCCAACUACCCAUCCUCUUACCCUCCAUUCACAUACUGCGUCUGGCACAUACAAACUGCAAAAAAAUCGAAGAUAAACUUACAGUUUAAGGAUUUGUUCCUGGAACUGGAUCAAAACUGCCAAUUUGACUUUCUGGCAGUCUAUGAUGGCCUCACCACUAACACUGGCUUAAUUGGAAAAGUAUGUGGCAUUUCUCGGCCCACCUUUCAAUCUUCUUCAAACGGCAUGACAGUUGUGUUGUCUACAGACUACGCCAACUCCUACAGAGGAUUUUCCGCUCAGUAUACCAGCAUUCUGCCAGAUCCCCCAGAGCCUGACACAUCGCUUACAUGCUCUUCAGACAGACUGGAAAUUGUUGUGAGCAAGGAUUACCUGGACUCCUUUGGCUACAAUGAAACUCACCUGCAGCUGAACGACCCAACCUGCAAGCCAGUUUCCACUGAUCCCGUGAUUUUCUCCUUCCCAUUAAGCAGCUGUGGAACAACUAAAAAGGAUGAAGGUCAUCGUAUCACUUACACCAACAUCAUAACUCUCUCUGAAACUGACAAGAUUAUCACGCGCAAGAAGAGCGUACAGAUCGUUGCAAAAUGCAUAAUGGAGAACAACUCAACUGUAGAAGUCAUUUACGUAACAGAAAAUAAUCUAAUCAAGAACACGACCUCUGUGGGAAGAUACAACGUUAGCAUGUCGUUCUACGAUUCAGAUUCAUUCUCCAGCCCAGUGCUUCAGUCCCCCUAUUACGUAGACUUGAACCAAACUCUUUUUGCUCAAGUCAGUCUUCAUUCCUCCGACCCAGAUCUUCUGGUGUUUGUCGAUACCUGCGUAGCAUCUCCACAACCUGAUUUUGGAUCAGUAACAUACGACUUAAUCAGAAGUGGCUGUAAUAAAGAUGACACUGUGGUAACCUACCCACCCAUUGAGCACUAUGGAAGAUUCAAAUUUAACGCCUUCAGGUUCCUGCGGAGCUUUUCAUCAGUUUAUCUCCAGUGUGACAUUUUGAUUUGUGACAGUACCACAAACUCUCGCUGUACUGAAGGCUGUAUCUCCAGGCAGAAAAGAGCUGCUUCUUCAUACACUUGGAAAGCCAAGGCUGUAGUGGGUCCUAUCCGCCUGAAGAGAGAUCUCAGGGCUGCUGAUCACUCAGAAACCCUCACUAAAACAGAUGCUGAAGAAACCUCAAACCUGCAACGAAAGAGUUUCUACAUUCUUUCAUUUGUGGCUUUGAUUUCAAAUGUUAUUAUUGUGGUAGCUACAAUACUAAAACAUUACAAACGCCAGCCAGCAUAUGGCUACCAGAAACUCCACAGUUCAUAUUAA